GGACAAACACAGAGAGAGAGAGAGAGAGAGAGAAAGAGAAAGAGAGAGAGAUAAGAGAGAUCAGAGGAUACUCCAGAUCGGCGAUCAGCUCGACUUGCAGCGCUGUGAGAGAAUGUGACGGGAAGAGCUGGAAAACAAGGAUUUUUCCCGCUUCGCCUGACUUCGGCAUCUCGCAGGGUUUGCUGACAUGGGACACAAGCUUCCUCAGCUGAAAACAGAUUCAGCCAUGUCAAUCUGGUCUGUCCACUUUGACCUCCUGAUAUCACCGAGCCUGCUGCUGCUGCUGCAGCUGCUCUUGUUGCUCUCGGUGCCCCUGGAAAGCGGCGCCCAGAACGACACGGAGCCCAUCAUCCUGGAGGGGAAGUGCCUGGUGGUGUGUGACUCCACGCCUUCGUCGGAGCCAGCUGGGAGCGCUCUGGGCAUGUCGGUCCGCUCCGGCUCGGGACGGGUGGCCUUCUCGGCCAGCAGGCAGACCAACCACGAGCCGACGGACAUGAGCAACCGCACCAUGAUCAUCUACUUUGAUAACAUUUUAGUCAACGUGGGCACUCACUUUGACCAAGAGAGCAGCGUCUUCGUCGCUCCACGGAGAGGAGUUUACAGCUUCAACUUCCAUGUCGUGAAGGCCUACAACAGACAGACUAUUCAGGUCAGCCUGAUGGUGAAUGGCUGGCCGAUGAUUUCAGCGUUUGCGGGAGACCAAGACGUGACCAGAGAAGCAGCGACCAACGCAGGCCUGGUGAUUCUGGAGAAGGGCGACAAGGCCUACCUCAGACUGGAGAGAGGGAACCUGAUGGGAGGCUGGAAGUACUCCACCUUCUCCGGCUUCCUCGUCUUCCCCUUGUGAGACGGGUGGAAUAUGGAAGUGCUGGGUAAUAGGACAGGUGUGAGUGACGGGUGUUACGGCACUUUGCAAAAAUAGUUACACCUCUUGAACUUUUUGACAUCAAAAGUCCGUUGUUCUUUAGAAAACAUCUCAGGCUCGGUUAGGUUGGGUGGAGAGCAUCUGCGAACAUCAUUUUCCAAGACAUGCCCAUUUUGACUGGGUCGUUCUAACACAUGAUGGAGGAUUUUUUUUUAUCUUACCAGGGUCCCUUCUUCCACAUGCUUGUUAUUUCUGGACAACUGCAAAAAGUACUUCUUUUGAUUCCCUUUCUAUUCCAUAAAAUUCAGCUUGGUGGAGUUCUUGGUUGUCCAGUCAAUAAAUUAUUUAAACUGAACUGUGUAUCUCUGCAGCUUCUUCUGGGUUCCUGCUUGCUCACCUCUCUGACUGAUCCUCUGCUUCACUUUAGGUCAAAUGCCUUAUCUUUGUAGGCUUAGAGUUGUGCCACAGUGUUUCCAUUUCCAAAUAAUUGGUAGAACAUCGCUCUGUGAGAUGCUGAAAACUUGGGAUACACUUUUAUCAAAACUUCUCUGCACCUUUCUCCCUGACCUGUCUACAGUGUUCCUUGGUCUUCAUGAUGCACGUUCCCCAACAAACCGCUGAGGCUUUCUCAGAACAACAUGGAUUUAUAAAAAUACUAAAUCACUUGAUCUGUCUAACUUCUACAAGCAGCUAGCUGCAUUGGAUUUUACUGAAAGCAAAUCAAAUUAAAGAGGAUUUAUUCCCUUUUCCAUGUCACACCGAUGGGUCUCAAAAAUAAAAUCCCACAAAUGUAGACAGACGUUUCUUUUUGUAACCUUAUAAAAUGUGUAAAAGUUUGAGGUGUAUGCUUUUACAAGGUGCCGAACAUCCAGUUUUAGGACUGAACAAAUAAAGAGAAGUAUCUACAAAAACCGUUGCUGAAAAUCUACAAUCACUCUAUGAAAUUAUUUAUUUUGUCUUUAUGUGAAAUAUUUAUUGUUUAUUCAAUAUAAUGAUUGUGAAAAAGUAUCUAUUUGUGCUCCUGUGCUGACAUAAUGCCAAGCCUUAAUUUGUGUUUAUGUUAACACAAAUUAUCCCAUCCAGCUUUAAAAAAAAAGUAUUUGAAUUGACUUUAUUGUAUGACUGCUUCUCCUCUGUCUAUCUGUCAGCAUCAUACAAAAGAUGUCUAUUCACCAACAAAUUUCUAUAAAGAACAAAGCGUUAAAAAAACUGAAAUCAUCUCAAUUGGACUGUUUGCAUGCAGAAAAUGAUUUUAUGAAUCACUGCAACUGCGACUGUUUAAUCUGCAAAAGCAAGGCAGAUUUCCUCACGCCCUUUCAUGCUGCUGCGUUCGGCGGCAGCGGUUUGUAAAUAUAGCUCCCACCAGCCGAGCUGGCGUUGGCGUGGACCAGGCACACCAGCGUGGGACGCGGUAUAAGUGCCGAGUGUGGCGGAUGCUCCUUGCAGAGACACGGACAGAUGGAGGCUUUGGCGAGCCUGACGGCUCAUCCCUGCAGGACAUCCAUGGAUAAAGUGUGGCGCAUUGUCACAUAAAGUCAUUUACGCUUCCCUGGUUCAGAACCACCGCUCUCGGUUUGUCUGUUUGUUGUUCCUUACACACGUACUUACUAAAACAGUCAUAAAUACAGGACCAGGUUUAAGGGUAUUUGGUCACAUGGGCUAGAGCCAAGGUUGGGACCCUACCCACAGAAAUUUGUUUUACACGUAGGCCACAAAUUUCAAUAGAUUGAUGGCUAAAGGUACAGCAAUAUGUAAAAAUUAUUUUUGGAGGGUUUAUAUUAUGUUAUCAUGUUAUUCUGCUUAUCAAAAACAUACCUGGAGUGCUGCUUUGAUUCUUUUAUGCAUGUUUGAGAAAUCCUUUAACUUCCCGUGGAAACCAUUUGGGGUUGCCUAAUCCCUUGCUGCUACAAAGCUCCGCCUAUUUGGACAAAGCACCUCCUUGAAGCUCCAGUCUCCAGCCACUCAGCUCCUCCAGACUAGUGGCAGCAGCAAUUAGCAAUCACCUGAUGGAACUGCACAUCUGCAGAGCUACAUGUGUGAACUAUUUCUCAGUCCAGUUCUCCUAAAAACAUUUGUAAACAGCUUAACAGAGAAAUGUUGCGAUGACGUACUGAAGACAGAGUGUUAAAAGAACAGCAGCUUCUUAAAGAGACAGGUGCCCGAUUUCAAGGCAUCAAAUUCUGAAAUUAAGUUUCUUUUAAGCCAUGCUUGAUAUAUGUACAGCAUUUUUAUAACAACCAGAGGUACCAUACUUACUUGAUUAUGCCAUAAAAUAGCCAUAUGUACCUGGAAAAUACAUAAUACUGCCCCUUUAGAUACAUCAGCUACAAGGAUUUUAAGUAUUGCUCCCAUGAAACAUUGUUGUUCUAGAAUUAUCUUUACAAAAAUCUACUUAUGGCAUAAUUUUACAGAUACAUCUUCGUCUGUACAAGAGAAAAGAUAUGCACGUCCAAAAAUCCACCAAACAGGCUGCUGGCUGCUAAAAUUCAUUGCUGAAGAGCAUAAAAGUAGGUAUGUGCUCUAAACUGAGCUCCCACUGCAAUUUUCUAAAAAAAAAAAAUGUCAUCACACUUCAGGCACACUGCUCUAGCUAAUAGGGGAAAAACAGCAGGGACAUUUAACAGAGAAUACCAGAAGGAGUUGGUGUUCAUUAAUACAAAAACACUCAAACUGAUCCAAAGAAUUAUGAUAACUAUAUGUGACAAUGUGAAUGCACCAGAAAAAUCGGAUUUAAUCCAAACAUAAUCAUUUUCAAAACCUUUCAUACUGAUUGUCUUUUAUUAAAACUUUUCAUACGCUUACAA